AUGGUGGAGUGCAACUGUCUGGCGGACAGAAACAGCGCAUCGCUAUCGCACGGACUUUGGCACGAGAUCCAAAGGUUCUCCUGCUGGACGAGGCAACAAGCGCUCUUGAUGCUCAAAGUGAGAGCAUUGUUCAGUCCGCUCUCAACAAUGCCUCUCGUGGCCGUUCGACGAUAG